AUGAUGGAUAUUGAAAUUUCAAAGGAUGAUUUUUUCAAACCUGUAACAAUAAAUUAAAGAUAUUAGGAUAAUGUUGAUUUACAUACACCAAUCAAAUCAAAAGAAUCAUAAGAUUUGAAUUAAACAAAAUUGAAUUAAAAUUCAUCAUGUUAAAUGCAUCAAAUUUAAGAAUUUAUUUAAAUGUGGAUGGAAAUGAUUAAAAAAUAUAAUGAUGGUAUGUUUGAUUUUGAUUUAGAUCCUGAUGUGAUUCUAAUGAUACAUUAAAUGAAUGAAGUACUACAGACAAGUGACUAAACUUCAAGUUAAAAAUAAAUAAAUUUUACUCCAAAAUAAUAAAAUAAUGAUGAGAAUAGUAUUAAUUCUAGUUUCAAAUAAGAUAUGUAGUUUUAAAAAAUGAAUAAUAAUAUUAUAUAAUUAUAGGAAGAAAUUAAAAAUUAAGUUUGUUAAUCUCCAAAAACAAUUGAACAUGGUAAAUAUUUUAAUGAAACUUGUAGUGAAAUAAUAUAACAAAUAAAUAAAACAGAAAAUUUUGAUAAAAGUAACCUAAUUAGAGUUAUGUAGGUAAAAAUGAUGAUGAAUUUGGUAAAGAGUUUGAUUAAUGUAAAUCCAAAUGUUCAGGAUCAUAUUAAGAAGAAUUACCUUUAAAUUCCUAAUCUCUUAAAUUUGAUGAUAUGAAAAAAAAUAGAAUACUUUCAUUUAGAAAACAAUAACAUGUUUAAAUUGAAGAAUUUAAAAAAAGUUUGACAGAAAUGAAAUCAGUUGUUGGAACCAGAUUAUAAAGAGAAAUUACUAUUUUCAAAGAAGAUGUUUUAAGUGAACAUAGCAAAUUUAGUAAAAGUUAUUCAGAAUUACAAGAGUAAAUUAAUACUUAUUAGGAAAUGGUUUGUUAAUUUACAUAAAAGAUUUAAAAAUUAGAAUAAAUAAUUUAAGACUAAAAAUAAUAAAUAGAAGCUUAAUAAUCAAAUUCUAAUUCUGAAUAAUUUAUAUUUUAAUUAACAGGGUUUUUUUAAAACGAUAAAACUGAAAUUAAUAAUAUUGAAGAUGCAAAAACAAAAAUUAUGGAACAUAUUAUGACUUAAUCACAAUAAGUUUAAGGUUUAACUAAACAAUUAUAAAUGACUUAAUAAAAUAAUUAAAUCAUGAUUUAGCGACUUGAAAAUGAUAAUCAAUUAAAUAAAAAUAAAUUUGGAACAGAAAAGAAAAUGUUAGAGUUUUAAAUAAUAACACUUAAUAAUACUAUAUAAUAAUAUGAAAUAAAUUAUUAAUAAUUAAAUUAAGAAUUAGAAUAAUUAAAAUUAUCUGAUUAGAUAAGUACAAAUCAAGAAUUAAUUAAAAUAGGUUAUAUUUAAAUGAAAUAAUAAUAGCAAUUAAUUUAUAUUACUACAAAAGUAUUAUAAUAAUUUAUUAAUUCUACAAUAUUUUAAUUGAAUGUAGUAGAAAUUAUAUAAGAAUAAUUAAAUUAGUUAAAGUUGAAUGAAGAGGAAAUUUUGAAACAAAUUACAAAUUUAAAAGGAUCUUAAGAAAGUACAAUAGAGUAUUUUAAUAAUAAUAAAGAAACAAUAUAACAUAUAAUCUAAAUUCUUUGUACAGAAUAUACAUAAGUGAUAAAUAAAAUUAUUAAUUAAAGAAUAGAGUUUGGAAAACAAUUAUGUUGA